GCUAUGCCAUGGCCACGGACUCGUGUAAGCCAGCAUUUGGGACAGCCUCAAAAGCGAUAAACUGAGCCUCUGAAGGGACUGAGACAUCAGAUCGACCUGAAGGUCAAGGUGUAACACUACAGAUUGCCUUAGGCGAUGCUUGAGCCUCUAGCAGUUUAAAUACGGAAUCCAAGCCGCUAGGAAGCCUUUUAUGGCUCCUAUUAGAUACAAGCAGUGAAUUGUCACUAGUCCAAAGGCUGGAACAGCACAACAAACAGCACAACCGCCGCCGAGCUCAGGCACCGCCCGCCCCUUAUCGCCCCGCUCCAGACGACGCUCGCCGCCCCCGCGCGUCACCUGACCGCGCGCCGCUGACGUCACGGGCGCGCGGGGCGGCGGUUGGCGGUGGCGAGCCAAGAUGGCGCUGCUGGUGCGGGAGCCGCUGUGCUCGCGGGCGCGGCUGCGGGCGCUGCCCUCCGGCGGCGGCUCGGUGCGCGGCCUGCUGCGGGACUGCGCUCGGGAGCUGAACGUUCCCGAAGAAAGUUUGUACGUGAAGUGUAACGGGCGGCUGGCGGCUGGAGAAGACGCGCUGCGGGAUGGCGCCGUGUACAGCCUGGAGCUGCGGCUGCGCGGGGGGAAAGGAGGAUUUGGAUCUAUGCUCCGAGCACUGGGUGCUCAGAUUGAGAAAACAACCAAUAGAGAGGCUUGCCGGGACCUCAGCGGAAGGAGGCUGCGAGAUGUCAAUCAUGAGAAAGCGAUGGCUGAAUGGGUGAAGCAGCAAGCGGAACGGGAAGCAGAAAAAGAGCAAAGGCGCUUGGAAAGGCUGCAACGGAAACUUGCAGAGCCAAAGCACUUGUUUACAAACACAGACUACCAGCAGCAGUGUCACGAAAUGGCUGAACGGCUAGAAGAUUCAGUCCUUAAAGGAUUGCAGGCCUCGUCUAGCAAAGUAGUGUCACCAGAAAGUGGCAAUGGUCGGAAGCGUCAUGGUGAAUCCGGAAAAAAAGGAACAAAAUAUGGAAAAAAGAGAUGUUUUUGGCUGGGGUUGGAAGGAUUGGAUGAUACCGACAGUUCAGAUUCUGGUGAUGGCAGUGAAGAUGAUUCCCCUCAGACAUCUGAUGGAAGCUGUCCAUUGGGAAGCAGGCAUAAUGAAAGUGCUGGAAAUACCAGUGAAUGUUCAAGCAGCUCUGUGGAUUCAGUAGAGCACAGUCCAGCUGCCAGUACUGCUGAGGAGAAGGCAUCGCAGCAACCAGAGCUUACUGGAAUAGAUGUGCAGGAGGAGACCCACACAGGUGGCCAACCUGAAGUUCCAGCUGAUGAAAGCAGUGAAAUGACAAAGGCACCUCUGAAGGAAGAGGCCCAAGAAAAGAGUGAAAUAACUCAGACUCUGAAGGAAGAAGAACAAGAAAAUGUUUCUUCUAAGGCCCAGGAAACAAAUCGGUUACCAAGCACAGAUGUGGAACCAAUCGACCUACUUGCUUUCAGCUCUGCUGCUGAAAUGGAAGCGCUGGGGUUAGAUAAGCUGAAGAUGCAAUUGAUGGCCUUAGGACUGAAAUGUGGAGGCACUUUACAGGAGAGAGCAGCAAGGCUUUUUUCAGUGAGAGGUCUGUCCAGAGAGCAGAUUGAUCCUUCCUUAUUUGCAAAGCCUUGUAAGGGGAAAAAAGGGAAAUCUUAAAUUACUUUGUGUCUGUGUACUUUUAAUUUUUCCUUAUUCUUCUGUCAUUCUGUACUGUUAUAGAAAAUUCUUUGGCAUCUGUGAAUAAUUUUUUGUUUCUAUUUUAAUGAAGUUUAGUUGACAUAGCACAGAGGAAACUGUUAAAAAGCAAGUUAGUUAUGUGGUCAAUAUUAAAGGAGUGAAAUACUGUCUUUUGAUAAGCUUUACCAGCAGUUAUAACAAAUCUUGGUGUAACAGAACAAAUCCCUGCAGAUGGGAAGGAAGAACCUGUGUGUUUUUUAGAGAAUGAAUGUAUGGCACCAUCUUCACCUGUUUGAAGAAGAAUAUCAAUCCUUUAUUAGCUUUGAAUUGGAUCUCCCUUAGUAUAUAUUCCAAUUAGCACAGUUAAAAGGCAAACAUCAAACUUGUGAUUUGGGCUUAAAAGCUGAAGUUUCUUUGUGUGAAAAGAACGUUUUCAUAUGGAUGGGGUCAGUCUUAAUAAAUGCUGUUGUGUGAAUUAG